GAACGAAUGGUACGCUGAACAUUUCUCUCGGAAUCAACAAAAAGCCAAACGGAACUGCACUAUGGCAAAUAGGAGUCCAAAACCGACAGGAAACAACAGACUCACUAGUGACCCCAUUUUCCCGACAAAAAUUCAAAGAGUGGAAGCAAGAUAAAGAAAACACGUCAAUUACCUGCUCCCAUCCAAAUAUUCCACCAUUGAUG